AUGGCAUACUGUGUCCGUAAUCCAAUUUAUAAUGCAACGUUUCGGGAGUUUCCAACGCAUGGACUGGUCAGUCGUGUGCGGUUACGGUCGCGUUGCUACGAUGCUCAUCUGGUUAUCGAUGGUCGACUCGCCUAUAAGUUCAACGAUGGCGCCGAAGUUGUUCUUGAGGUAUUUUUUCGUUUUCUGCAGAAGCUACAAUGGCUUCAGACCAGUACCCUUUACAAAGCCUAUGCUAUUGAAAAUAUUUUUUACUUAGUUAUGUGGUUUUCAUAG